UAAAUGAGUUGAUUAUAAGCAUGUUGUCAGGUAGAUUGAGGCAGAAGUCUUCGUUUUGGAGGCUUUCGCACCGUAAGCGGAGCUGCUGGUUAUCCUGCCAAAUCAGCCAUGAUGGGCUAGCCGGCCGCUGCAGAAUACAGUAAUCGUCUGUGGACCAGUGACUCGUCAGCCUGUUCCUGAUGACCUUGUUUGGAUGAUCACUGACAAUGUUUGCCUCAAAGAUCGUCCUUCGUCUCGGCCUUUUACGUAGAGCAACUUGUGCACUUCAAGCUCAUAGAGAAACUUUGAAUGGAUUUCUACAACCAGCUGCUUCUGCUUACUGCUCUUCACUUCAGCAAAAACUGGCAAACUACUCAACAGCGGCAGACAACAGGAGUCCUCCGCGUUGGAUCCAACUUGAACCGGAACUGGACGAGGCUCUUAUACCACGAAAACUGUCAGUAAGUCCCCUGGAGAGCUGGCUUUCACUGCGUUACUCUCUUCCUCCGCUGCUGGAGUCCACUCAGCCACAGGAGGAUGUAGAGCUCCUGGAGGAGAAGGUGCUGCCACCUGUCUCCGUCCCUGUUUUGGAAGACAGGGAGGGUACAAUAACACCGCUCACAUGUAAGAAUGUUCUAGAGAUACGUCGGCGGAAGAUGAACCGACAUAAAUAUAAGAAGCUGCAAAAACGGACUAAAUUCUUGAGAAAGAGGGUGCUGGAAGGCCGGGGGAAGAAGAAGCAGAGACGGUUUGAGGAGGAUCUGAAGAAGAUUUGGAAGCGGGCUGGACUGAAGAAGGCUCCAGAGGGAUGGACCGCACCUAAGAUCUUCAUUAAACAGUAUGGAAACAGAAGGAACUGAAAAACACUGAUUAAAGUCUGUCACAUCCUUUACUCUGGAUGACUCUGCACAUCACACGUCACACUGUUUGUAAGAAUCAACCUGCUGUCUGUGCUUUUCAGCUUAAUUAAAGCAUAUUUCAGUGAUGAAGUCAAAUAAUGGUGUAGAUAAUCUAAUAAAGAUCCCCCUCUGUGAA